AUGCACCGAGGCGCUCCAGGACCAGGCCUCAGAGGCCUCAAGGGGGCCGAGGGCUCCUCCGAGGACUUGGGGGGCGCUUGCCUGGAGGCCGGGAGGGGUUUUGGGGUGCUGAGGGAGAACGGUGAGGCCGAGGAGGCGGCGGGGGGCCGGAAGCGCGCCCGGCCGGUGCGCUCGAAGGCGCGGCGCAUGGCGGCCAACGUGCGGGAGCGCAAGCGCAUCCUGGACUACAACGAGGCCUUCAACGCGCUCCGCCGGGCGCUGCGGCACGACCUGGGCGGCAAGAGGCUCUCCAAGAUCGCCACGCUGCGCAGGGCCAUCCACCGCAUCGCGGCGCUCUCCCUGCCGCGCUGUGCGUCGUGCUCCCCGCACACGGCCCCGGGGCGGCCCUGGGCGGUGGCCGAGGCUCAGGGCGCGGCCCAGAUGUCCGCGGGAAGCUGGCGCCGAGGUUCCGGGGCUCCCUUUGCCUGGCCGCGGGGGUACUUGCGUGCGGGCCCCGGGCUGGGCUUCCAGCACUGCUGA